AACAGCAUACCAUAUGGCUAGAUCCGCCUCCCAGUGCAAAUCCGCCUCCUGGCGAUUCUGAUUCGCCUCCCGAACGCUAGAUCCGCCUUCCAGUGCAAAUCCGUCUGCAAGCGCUGGUGCUCACUCAUCUCCAGUCCCCACUUCGGCCGCAGUUUCGUUUCUCACCGUCAACAAAGCAGGAUCGACGGCGGCGGCGGCGGCGGCGAACUACUUCCUUUAACCUCACGCGACACUGAAUCCAUCUUGAGCUUUCUCCCCGUGCCUGAUGAGGUCCAAUCCGAUUUCGUACUUUUGGGUUGCUUCAAGGAUUUGGUUUUAUGCGGCUUCGUGGACUCUGCUGCUGGGAAUGAUUUUGAUGGCGAGAUGGGGAGAUUGUUCUUCGUCUGCAAUCCGUUUACAAAGCAAUGGGUAGCCGGCGCCCAAAAGGUCAGUCGGGUAUCAGAACAAAUGUUUAGUCUCUGAGAAAUUGGAUUCUGGAGAUGAGGAUGAUUGUCGAUUCCGAGUCGUCCUUGUUUCUGGAUCACCUGACCGUGCAAUAGUAGACUUGUUUUGUUCGGAGUCAGGGGAAUGGAUGGAAGACGCAAUGGCUCCUCCUGAUUCUGGUUCUUCCACACAGAUGAUGCUUGGGGAUGUGAUUCCCUUGUGGAAUGGGACCUUGUGUUGGCUGUCCGAUGACAUGCUUGCUUUUUGUGUGUGGAAUCCAUUCUGCCCACACACACUUCCGACUUCCACAAUCAUUGAAUCGCCGAACGGCCGGAGUUAUUCCUGGUUCUCCAGUGCCUUACCGAAGCGCACGAUUUGGGUCUCACUUGGUGUUUUACACCUAGUUUUUCACCUUCAGGAAAAGCAUUGUUUGUCUAUUUGGAGAUGGGAGGAAGACAAUAGAAGAUGGUGUUUUCUUUACACUGGCUUUGUGGCGGAUUACAUCAUUAAGCGUGAGUAUGUACAAUUUAAGGGUUUGAAGGCGCAUGAUGUGGUUGGCAUUCAUCCGAGUAAGCCCGAAACCAUCUUCUUGGAGUGUCGUCGUCCUUCUGAUGUCGCGCCUAUUGUGGUCGAGUGCAACAUGAGGACGGGAGAGAUGGAGGUCUUCACCGAUAGAGGGAAUUGGGGUGCGUUGUUCCAGCCGAGGUUCACUUGCUGGCCUUCCCCAAUUCCGGGCUACGAGAAACUGCGAACUAUGUAUGAUGGCUACUAUAGUUGUUUGGUUCAGAGCAUCAGCCAAUCUUGAACUCCCUAAAACCGUAACCGGUCAAUGCGCUCGAUCCACAUGACAUUGUUCUUCCAUCUCUGGACAUCCCAUUCCAUGCAUGUUCCCUCAUCUGGGUACUAUACGCGUUAGAAGCUUAAAUAAAUUUUUUUGGUUCUGUGCAGAGCUAAAGCAAGAGUCUUUCCGUGCUCUCCAAGAAGUUUGGAGGUAUUGAGAUGAGGUGGGAGCAUACAUUUAGUGUUCAAAAUCUUAACCAUUGUUAGUGAUAACAGUUGCUUGGAGUACAAGUCAUGAUAACAGAGCUCAGGAUUCCUUUUUCCUUUGUCCCAAAUUAAAGAGUUC